AGAGCCUGAGUUGCUGCAACUUCUAUCCGCUCCCUGGUCCCGAGCUGCACAAAGAGCAAAGAGAGCCUGAGCCGCUCCAAAGUCGGAACGUCCCACUACGGGGGGAGUUUGCUGGACACAGGGGGAAUUUCGGGGGUAUCCCUGUUGCUUUGGGGCUCCCAUGGCGCGUUGAAUGUGCGCAGAAGCUGCUCCAUGUUGCCCCCAUAGCACCCAGCAUGCGGACUGAGGACUGGCUGUUAGUUACUAAUCGCCCCUUGUGAUUAGCCCCCCUUCCCAAGCCUCAAGAUGAAGAUCCCAUUCCUCAGUUUGCUUGUGCUGUGUGCUGCCUGUGCCUCUUCCAAAUUUAUAGUCCCCUUAAAGGUCUCUCCUUCUGAAAUCACGGGGACCCUGCCAGUGGCCUCAGCAACCCCCAAGGACACCCCUGGCCUUCUCUUGGCAUCGGACCCCGGGGGCACAAUCAACUUCUUCUCUAUGGUGGACAACUUGGAAGGAGACUCUGGCAGGGGAUACUACAUGGAGCUACUGAUUGGCACCCCUCCUCAGAAGAUGAACAUCUUGGUGGACACGGGAAGCAGUAAUUUCGCUGUUGCUGGAUCCCCAAAUCCCGAUGUUAAGACGUUCUACGACUCAAAGUUGUCAACUUCAUAUCAGCAUCUUAAUACAGAAGUGACAGUUCGGUAUACACAAGGGAGCUGGACUGGACUGCUGGGGAAGGAUGUGGUCUCUAUGCCUAAAGGUGUGAAUGGCACAUUCUUGAUCAACAUCGCUUCAAUCCUUCAGUCUGACAAUUUCUUUCUGCCCAACAUCAACUGGCAAGGGAUCCUAGGCCUGGCAUACAGCACUUUGUCAAAGCCCUCAAGCUCCGUGGAACCAUUCUUUGAUUCCCUUGUUCAACAACGGAACAUUCCAGAUAUCUUCUCCAUGCAGAUGUGUGGGGCAGGACAGCCUACUCCUGGCAAUGGCAUCAACGCAGGCAGCCUUGUUCUGGGUGGCAUUGAGCCAAGCUUGUACAAAGGGGACAUCUGGUACACCCCCAUUACAGAGGAGUGGUACUAUCAAGUUGAAGUGCUGAAGUUUGAAGUUGGCGGUCAGAACCUGAACCUGGACUGCACCGUGUACAACUCUGACAAAGCCAUUGUGGACAGUGGCACGACUUUGCUGCGCCUUCCCGACAAGGUCUUCAAUGCCAUGGUGGAUGCCAUUGUACAGACAUCUCUGAUUCAGAACUUCAAUGCCGAGUUUUGGGCUGGCCUCCAACUUGCCUGUUGGGAUAAGACUCAGCAGCCGUGGAACUACUUCCCCGAUAUCUCAAUCUAUCUAAGAGACACCAACACCAGCCAAUCUUUCCGGCUGACACUCAAACCUCAGCUCUAUAUCCAGUCUGUGCUGACGCUCCAGGAGAGUCUGAAUUGCUUUCGAUUUGGCAUCUCCCACUCGGCCAGCGCUUUGGUGAUUGGCGCCACGGUCAUGGAAGGCUUUUAUGUCAUCUUCGACAGAACAGAGAAAAGAGUUGGCUUUGCCGUCAGCAGCUGCGCAGAGGUGUCCGGCAUCACUGUGUCUGAAAUAGCGGGUCCGUUCGGCACGUCUGACGUAUCGAGCAACUGCAUAGUCAGGAAUCCACUCAGGGAGCCGAUAAUGUGGAUCAUAUCCUAUUCCCUCAUGAGCUUGUGCGGCAUCAUCCUCCUGGUGCUCGUCAUCCUGCUCCUGAUUCCCAACCGGCAUCGCCGCGACGACAUGGAAACCGUCAAUGACGAGUCUUCGUUGGUCCAACACCGAUGGAAAUAAUCUGCUCUGGGCAGACUGAAAUCACACUGGGCAGAUCAAGAUUUAAGACUUUUUUUAUUUUCUCCUUUGCUGCUCAAGACUCUUGUUUACUGCACAAAAGCAGCCGAUUGGUUGGUUCCUGCUGCGAAAUCCGUCAGAAUUAAAUACAUUCCCAUAUCGUGUAAAGACUCCGGAGAGGAAACUCCCGAUACUACUGUCCAACUGCACUGUAUUCCACAUGCCUUAGGGUUACACACAUGGAACCUUUAAAGCCCACUAGCUUCACGGUUAUUACCUUUAUUAAUAUUCCUAUGCACUUACUGUAUGUCUUGAGUCUCAGGCUCUGCUGUCUUUUUAAGGCCCCCAUGAAAUGCCAAGGUUCCUCCUAAUAUCCCUUAUGUUAAAGCAUGGGGUGCAUUAGGUUUUAAAAUAUGCAAGGGUCCCCGGUGACAUCACAAAGCACUGAUAAUAAGAUGACAUCAUAAUGCACCAGUUAUAAGGGUAUAUAUUCUAUUCUGUAUAAUAUAAAUAAUGUAUAUCCUCCCCUCCCCUCAUAUUCCAUUGUGCCUUAUCCCAGCCAAUACCAAGAGUGUCUGCUUCAUUGUGAAGCCACAGAGUCACUAUUGGACAAUUGUGAGACCCUUUCCGUGGGUCGCUGUACUCAGGAUUUGUGCGUCGUCACCAAAAGUGUGUACGGAAACGUCAGAAUAAGUGCACGGUGUGCAUAGGUAAUCGGUGAAAGAGUACUUGGGUUAUUUCACUGCUGUUGUGCCAAAAGGUGUAACUUUGAUGUUGUGGGUUAUUGUGAGCCAGUAAUUAAUAUAUUAAAGUCCUGUUUGUAUUCCCGGUACUUUUUGUGCCGUGUCGGACUGAGCCGCCUUAUAGGGCCAAUCAGAGAAGCUGUCGUGCAGGCCCCGCUGUUAAACCAAAUAAAGGGGAUGUUUGCUUAAAAUCAACAUGUAAAAACUUGGGUGUGAUUUGUGCCUAAAUUGUUCUCCCCCUUACCCCCAGAGCCUGUGGUCUCUAUCCAUAUUUGGGCAUACACGUCUUCCUUUUUUGAGUUGACUUGCAUGUCACAAAUGUUUAACAUGCCCCUCUGCUGCUUGUUUUGGCAGAAAGGCAAAUGCUGAAAUUACUGAUGCAGGAAGCGUCUCUUAGCGCUUAUCAACUCAGUUCUAUGGAAGGUCAGGAGGCAAUUCCUGAUUCCAUUUCUGUCCAAUUUAAUCUUGGACAUAACAGCAGGGGGCUCUCUUGUAUAAAAGCAUGUAUAAACUAUUAAUAUAAUGAAAAAACAACCAUAGUGUUGGUUGAUACCCUCCCCUUUCUCUAUAUUACUGCACUAGGCAGUGGGCAGGGACCUCAGAUCCUGUGGAAGGAACCAAUGGCAUAAUUACUGGGGGUGCAUAUAUUGGGGGGGCUCAAUUGCACAUCCUGCACCCAGGUCUGGCCAUCUCUAGUUACACCACUGGGGGGACUUGCUCAGCACCCUGCCCAUGGGGUGCCUGGAAAUCUGAGGAUUGGUGUGAUGGUACCCUAGGCCGGGGCCCUUUAGAGCCCAGAAAUCCUCUGGUAUUGUGGCAGCCCAGUCUGACAUUUCUUAAGGGCACAGAUCAUAUUCUCAGUGUAUGAAAAAUAUUGCAUUUCUUUUUUUUUUUUUUUUUUACAGCCGAUGUCAGUUGUACUUUUGAACCAAGAGUUAUACAUCAUUAAACAGGUUUUUCUGCUUUAAUAUCA